CUUUGCUUCUCUUACAGGAGCAUCACUCUCUUCUUUAUCUUUUCCUUUCCCCACCUCUGUGUCUCUAUCUGCAUCUGAAGCCCGGCCAACAUGUCGAACGGUACACUCGCAGUAUUUACUUCUGCAAAUAUCCACUUCGAUUAAUGUCUCAGUUUUAUUUCCAGCUAUAAACUUUGUAUUGUUCGGUCUGCAGACUCCACUGUUUAUAUUUUGUAGGUAAAUCCUGAUUACUGGCUGUGUUCUGUGCCUGUAGAAUACAAUGGGAUGGCAGUGUGGUAUUAGAUUUGGAUUAUCAAUCAGAUCACAAUCACACCGUCUGACUUAAAGGGGAGACACCACUAAUGAUCAGGGUAAAAGUUUAACUCAUAGAUAACACCUCAAAACUUCAUUUAGUUGUUUACUUACAUUAAAGAAGUCAUUUUUUUGUAUUGCACUUUUUUUUUAAAAGUUAUGGCUAUGCAAAUGAGGCAUUUAGGAGAAAUCUACAGACGCGUACAGAAAGUAGAUUGGCUUUUUUAAAAUGGUUAUAAAAACGGUGCCACCGAGUCUGAUUCCGCUCCAAAUUAAAUAAAAUCACCCAGGUUUCACCGGAAACCCCUUGAGCUCAUACCCCCGCGGGGCCUCCCACCGCAGACGGACCCGGAUGCCGCUUCGCUGCCGUCUUCAACCUGCAGUCGGAGCUCCGGUGGGAGGGUGGAGCGCUCCGUGCCCGACAGCAACUUCUCCUCCGGCCAGGAGCAGAGCAUCGCCUCGCUGCACCACCGGGUCACCGCCGGGAGCCACCGAGCUGCUAGAGGCCCACCGGAGGGAAGGGAGGCAUGGGAGGACCAGGACCAGGACUGAGCGGGACAGACUGUCAGCCCCCGGCUGCAGUAAAAUGAAAGGGACUCUGGUGCUGUUUCAUAAGAUACUACAAAUUUUUCGUUCACAGGGGCCGCCAAAAUCAGCACAAAAAGAAGAUUCCAUGUAGAAACUUUAAAGUACAACUUUCGUUGAGGUAUUCACCUCUCCAUGAGGGUGUAAUCUCAGGCGGCACUGACCAGCCGCAGCCCUUUUCUGUGUUGUUACAAAGCUGAGUUGAAAACUUGGACAGUGACUGUGGCUAAAUGGAGCGUGCCCAGUAGCAAGCUUUGGCACAAAUCAAGCCCUUAUGUGUUUCUAAUGGACAUCACGAUGGAAAUAUCUGAUGACUGAGCGCUCUCUCCCUCCCUCUCUCCUUCUGUCUCCACUUCUUCCCCCUCUUCUCCCCCUCUCCCUCCUCUCCUCCCUCGCAUCGUCUGUGGCGCUAAAAAGAGGCAGGAGCGUAUUACAGGUGCCACUUUCCCCCCAUUACCGCCUCCUCCUCCUCGUUCCCUCCGUCUAAUUGAUUGUAAUAGCUCUGGAUGUGUGCACAGCGCUCAGACAGCUUUGACUGCGCGCUUUAAGCUGAAGUGUGACAAACCGCUCUCAUGGUGGACCUUUCAUCCGUCACGGGCCCGUUUCCCUGGGGGGGGGGCUCGUUUCCUCUCCCAGCUUUUUAAAAAGUAAUUUUGAUAGUUCUGCCCAUUAGUGUGGCAGCUCCACUUUAGGACCACACCAGACAUUAACUGGAUAUGAAUACGGCUGGGGAAUAUGUCGCUAUUUUAUCAAUAUUAUGGUGAUAAAGUAGUGUUGUCUUCUCCUGGUUUUAAAGGCUGCAUUACAGUAAAGUGAUGUCGUUUGUCUGAACUUGCCAGACUGUUAUAGCUGUUCUGUUAUUUGCCUUUACCCACUUAGCCAUGAUAUCCACAUCACUGAUGUUUAUUUGUUAAAAAAUUCUUUGGAUAAAUACUCAAAAUAUGUCCAUUCCUAGAUAUAAUCAUAUAUCAUCAUUUAUUAUCAUUUAUCGAUUAAUAUGUAGGUUAUUGACAAUUACUGCAAAAAAAAACACGUUUUUCUAUCCAUUAUUACGAUGCUUAAUGAUCAUUGAAGCAAAAAACAGACUUGUUUGUGUAGGUGAACAUGUGUCAGUCAGCGAUGUGUUGCGUGUCGGCUCAGUGACGACACGUUAAUGUGCCGAACAAAGGCACAAAUACACACGUCUCCUCCAGCCCUUGUUGUUCCGACCUCCAGAGCUCGGUACAGCCUCCCCUCGCAGCCAUGUCUCGUGCGUGUGCGUGUCUGUGUGUGUCUGUCAUCACAGAAAACACAGCACAUGCUGAUAGAAAUGCACUGCCUUAUUGUGGCUGAUUUCAUGCCUGUCGAGCCAGCUGUCCAGUGGGAAAAGACAAAAACACAAGCCUUUAUUUGCAACAUGUGUAGUAAUUACAUCAAACCCUUGAAUCAGUGUUUAGCCUUCAGGGCUGAAACACAACUUGAAUACAAACCCUAGAAAAAAAGGCAUGUGUUGAACAAGUUGAUCCUUUGUCAGUGACAGCUGCAGAGGAAGCUUAUGAGUGCUGUUGUGCAUAAAAACGUAUGGAACUAUCUAAAAAGAUGUCUUGUAGGUAGUUUAUACCCCACGAUCAUUAGCACGUUACAGGUGUGUCCUCAGUUUCAGCGCUGUGCCUACAUUACAUUUAUGAGGCCGCCUUUGUGCAUUUGAUCUGCCUGGAGUUCUGGUUUUAAUCAGUCUGGUCCCACGGUGCCAAUACUGAUGCUCGGGCAGCAGGGAUGCAACUAACGACUAUUUUGUCAACAGGCGUAGUCUAAAGAGAGAGAAAGUCCACUAAGGUAGGGAUGGGAGUCCAACAAACACAGGACUUUCACCGAGGGGACCGGCCUUCUUGUCCCUGUUGACACCGUGCAGGCGUCAGUAUCUCGUCAGGACACUUCAACAUGUGGACAGGAGGAGCCAGGGAUCGAGCCGCUCUCUUCCCUGAGCCAGUGUGAAAUGUGACCGCUGCACAACGUUGACUACUUGAUAACCGUGACCAGGUGUCGGUGUUAACCGUGACCGUUUCACAUCGUUAACAAGGUGUCACCCUGAAAUUACAACCGUUUUACAACGUUAGCAGGUGUUACAAUGUGAAACGUGACCGCUUCACAACAUUAACCAGGUGUUACAAUGUUAGUCAUGACUGUUUCACAUCGUUAGGUUUUGCAUCGUUAGCCGCGACCGUUUCACCAUGUUCCACAUUCACAUCAUGUUGUUUUGAUAAGGUUACAAUUCAGCGACAGAUGCUUCAUAAUUUACCUGAUUUUCACAAACCUACCCAGCCCUAAUUGGAACCCGGCCCUAGCAUUCCAAUCAGAAAUCUGCUGACUAAUUCAAACGACUUCUUGAUAAAAGCAGAAGGUUGUUCUUGAAUAACAGACCGCCACUGUCUGCCGCCAUCACUUCAAUAAUGAAUAGUGACACCUUCAUGACACAUCCAGUUCUGCCAUUAUGCUAAAAGCUAAUGAAUCAAGCUUAAAAUGUGAACCUCUCCUUCUGAGUUUUUUACAUGCACAUACCAAAACACCACAAGGAGAAAGAGGACAAUCUAGCUCUCAGGUUACCACAAGAGUUGGCAUAGCAACCAAUAAAACCCGGCAAGGGUCGCGCAACAGUAAAUAUCAGCUCAGUGGGAAAGACGCCAGAUAAAAAUAGCUCCUCACCUCACCAUCUAUAGAUAUCGGAUACUCUAACUCUUGAUGAGGAUUUCUUUCACAUGUGCAUAUUGUAGGCAGCCUUUGACUCCAUUUUUUGUCUCAGUUUCAGUCAGCUGUGAUUCCAGUGCUCCGACUUCAAUCUGCAUAGUCUUUUUUUAGCACAGAGCUGAAAUGGAAAGCCUGAAAACGGACUCCAGCGUAGUCGCACGGAUGCACCACAUUUAGACGGCGAGCGUAAAGUGGAGACUCCCUCUCCCAUCAGAGCUGAGCGCUUGUCAGACGCUUGGGGAAGCGCUCAGCUAAUCCUUGUCGCGGUGUCGCCAAACAUCGCUAAUUCCGGCCGCUCGUUCCUCCUAACCCUCUUCGGCACGUUUUCUUUCGAAGAGGGAGGGAGUGAGAGAGACGAGUUAGAGAUGGGGAGAGCGAGCGCGCUCGGAGAGUCGUGCAGGUAAAAAAACAGCCAGAGCGAGGAGGAGAGGCAGCCGUGGGCAGAUGAAAGAGGGAGAGAUCAAGUGAAAGACAAAACAGGAACGAGGUGGAUGUAGGGCAGGGAAACCAGGGAAGAGACAAAGGAAAGUGACAGAGAGUAAUAGCAGAGAGGAACCCCCCCACCACCACCACCACCACCAACCUCUACAUAAACCCUUUUGAGCUGAGCCGUGCCAGACUGCGUGAUACCGCCGCAGUGACUUCCCCCCAUAACAGCCUCCACCACGGAAGCCCAGAAGAGCGCAAGAGUGGGCUGUGCGGGAGCAGGAGCCUGUUGCCUGGAUACCCCUGCUGUCGCCACGGAGGCAACAAGCCAGGAUUGAACCGUGUGUGUGUGUGUGUGUGUGUUUGCUGGCUGGUGCCACUGCCAUGGGAAAACCACAGCUGGCUGACUGUCUGGAUGGCUCUCUCACUCGCCGGCCGACUCGCUGACAUCGCACAUAUGAAUAAGGCAGGAAUCUCCCUGAUCCGGGGGCUUUGAGGAGAAGAGGUGGGAGGCCGGGAGUGGGACUGGGGGAGGGGGGGAGGGGAGGGGAGGGGGACUCCCUGUUUAGGUAGAGACGGUGAGAAACCAGAGAUCACCUCGGUCCUGCCGAGGGAAAAGGGAGGAAGCGAGGGGAGGCAAGACUGAGGAAGGGGGAGGCCGGUAGGGGAGGAGGGGUGCUGGGCGGGUCAGCGCCAGCAGGAAGUGGCCGCACGGAGACAUGCAGAUCCAGUCCUCUGGCCCACAGUCCAAAGCUUCCAGCUUCAUCCUCAGUCCGAGAUGUGUGCCGGCUUCCAAAAUGGAAAUCCACCGUGAACAGAGUAUCUGCCAGGCGCGAGCCGCCGUCAUGGUGUACGACGACGCCAACAAGAAGUGGGUCCCGGCCGGUGGUUCCACGGGCUUCAGCAGAGUCCACAUCUACCACCACACGGGCAACAACGCCUUCCGCGUGGUGGGACGCAAGAUCCAAGACCAUCAGGUGGUGAUAAACUGUGCCAUUCCCAAGGGGCUGAAGUACAACCAGGCCACGCAGACCUUCCACCAGUGGCGUGACGCCCGGCAGGUCUACGGCCUCAACUUCGGCAGCAAGGAGGACGCCAACGUGUUUGCCAGUGCCAUGAUGCACGCCCUGGAGGUGCUCAACUCGCAGGACACAGGCCCCACGUUGCCCAGACAGGGCCCCCAGGUUCAGAAUGGCCCCACGCCAGAGGAGAUGGAACUGCAGAGAAGGCAGCUCCAGGAGCUGCAGAGGCAGAAGGAGCUGGAACGGGAGCAUCAGGAGAGGGAGCAUCAGGAGAGGGAGCAUCAGGAGAGGGAGCGUCAAGAGCGCGAGCGCCUGGAGCGCGAGACGCUGGAGCGACAGGAGCGCGAGCACCAGGAACGGGAGCGUCUGGAGAGGGAGGCACAGGCAGAGCGGGAGGCGCAGGCGGAGCGGGAGCGCCUGGAGCAGCAGGAGCGCAGCGAGCGUGAGCUGAUGGAGAGGGAGAAGGCAGAGAGGGAGCAGCAGGAGCAGUUGGACAGAGAGCAGCAGGACUGGGAGAGAGGAAGACGCAUCUCCAACGCCGCCUUUGAAAGCACCCUGUACAGUCAGGAGUACAGCGGGACGUCCUCGCCGGCCGCACCCCUAUCCGCGCCCGCCUACCUGGCACCCGGGACGCCGUCGCCCUCUUCCGCCACUCCGCCGACCCCGCCUCUGAGGCACUCGGCCUCCCGAUUCGCCACCUCGCUCGGCUCCGCCUUCCACCCGGUCCUGCCCCACUACGCCACCGUCCCGAGGCGGCAGCAGGCCUUCCCCCAAGCCCCGGCUCCCGCCCCGCCUCCACCAGCCAAGUCCGUGGUGUGGUCAGCGUGCAACUUCACGCCCCUGCCGCCCUCUCCGCCCGUCAUGAUAAGCAGCCCCCCGGGGAAGGCCGCGGGCCCGCGGCCGCUCGUCCCCAUUGCUGCGCCCUCGCCGCUCACCCAGAAGCCGCCCUCCCCGGCCCCCAAUGGCCCGCCCAUGUUCCCUGCGCCGUCGCCCGUGACCAUCCAGCACGGCCACACCCCCAUCGGCGUCGCUUGUCCCACCCCGCCUCCCCCACCCACCCCGCCCCCUCUCCCCUCCCCCGCGGCCCCCCCUCCGUCUUCCUUCUUCGUCUCGUCUCCCCCCUCCUCAUCCCAGGCUCCUGGUGUGCCCUCUCCCUCCACAGCAACCCCUGCCGCCGCCGCUGCAGCCUCUGCCGAGCACCUCUCCCUCCCUGUGAGCCUGGGCCUGUCGGGGCCGGGGGAGCCGGACACAGCCACAGGCCCAGAGGCCCACCUGCCUCAGGGGGGCUCCUCCUGUCAACCCCAGCCCCAGGACGUGGCGCAGACCCUGGGGUCGAUUGCCCUCGCCCCUCCCCCGCCUCCGCCCCUGCCACCCGGCUCCACUGUGACCUCCCCGGCCGUCACCCCGUCGACCGGCCACCCUCCCCCGCCCCCGCCUCCCCCGCUCCCCCCCGCGCUGACUCCAGGCGGGACCCCUCCUCCACCAGGUCCGCCUCCUCCCCCCGGAGUGCCGCUCCCUCCCCCGGCGCCCCCGCUUCCCGCCGGACUGUUCUCCCCCACCGAGGACCGACCCUUCGCGGGCCUGGCCGCUGCCCUGGCUGGGGCCAAGCUGCGCAAAGUGCCAAGGAGUGACGAUGCAGGGGUGGCUCUGGCGGCAGCCAUGCUGGGGGCAGGAGGGGCCUCGGGGGCCAAAUCCGGUAACGGCCCUCUGCCCGGAGGAGGAGGGCUCAUGGAAGAGAUGAGCGCCCUGUUGGCCAGGAGGAGGAGAAUUGCAGACAAGAGCUCGUCACCUGAACCCGACCAGAGAUCAGAGGAGGGCGACAUCAACACGACCCCUAAAGUGUCAGCCUGUAGCACACCAGACAUGCCCAGGAAGCCGUGGGAAAGAACAAACACCAUGAACGGUAGCAAAUCUCCGGUUAUCGGAAGACCUAAAUCCACCCCGACACCUACUGGAUCCCUAAGUGCCAACGGUGUGCCAACAGAAGCUGUUGACUAUGACAGAUUGAAACAGGACAUCCUGGAUGAGAUGAGGAAGGAGCUGUCGAAGCUAAAAGAAGAGCUCAUCGAUGCAAUCAGGGAGGAGCUUGGAAAGUCCAGCACGGCGUAGAGGACCCAAACUCCCUUUCCACAACAUGUACGACCCGACAGAAAACCACAGUCGACUUUAAGACAUGACAAUACAACAAACAAUAAAAUCAAACAAUAAAAAACGGUGACAACAAUCACGUCGAGAGAGAGAGAGAGAG